AACGAAUGAACUGUUCAAACGGCGUGAAAUAAGUUAGUAAUGUUAUCAAAUAUUUUAGUUAUAGUACCUACAAGGCAAUAUCCUUUAUCCUGACGCUUCUUUACUUUCGACAUUUGAUAAAAGCGUAGGCCUACUUACAAUAUUUUAGUACCUCAAUGGAAAAUGCUUAUCACAGCGACAAUAUAUCGAACGAAAAUGCACUUAAUAUUGCCCCGAAAUCGGAUUGGUAGCUGGCGAAACGCCGGCAUAACAAACUUCCUUGAGUUGCUAACUUUAGAACCCACACUUUAGCUUUUGGCUGAGAUUAAAAAUCGUUUUCUCAGAGAACCCAAAUACGCGACGUACAUUCCGAUAAAUAUUGUGUAAGUGCGUAGUUUUGUGCGUCCAGGCGAAAUACUAUUCAGCAUAUAUGCUCAUUGUGAAAUAGUGCAUCGAUUAAUUAUAUGUAUAACAUGAUUAAGUAAUUUAUUAGUAUUAAUAGGCUAGGUAUAUUAGGACUUUGCCUACAAGCGCGAAACAUCUUCAACAUUUUGUUUUACAGUAGCCUAAAUCAAACAUUAUUCUACCUUAUGAUGGCACAAUUAGAUUCCACCACAGCAUCAGAAUUUGUCACAGAAGUCGAAAUCACCCUUUCGUGCAGGAAUCUGCCUGAUACUGACGUGUUUUCAAAGUCUGAUCCAAUGUGUGUAACUUAUCUUAAGACUCAAGAUUCACAAUGGCAAGAAAUUAGUCGCACAGAAACAAUUUGGAACAAUUUAAACCCUGAUUUUGCUAAAAAGACACAUUUAAUAUAUAGAUUUGAAGAGCAACAAUCACUCAAAUUUGUUGUGUAUGAUAUAGAUUCUGAAAGUCAUAAUCUACAAAAACAUGACUUCUUGGGAUACAGUUCAUGUACAUUAGGUCAGCUAGUGGCAGCUGGGAAACUUGCAUUACCAUUGAGAGGCCUAGAGAGUAACCAAGGAACAAUUAUUGUUUGCAUUGAAGAACUAUCAAAAUGCAGAGAUGAAGUCAUUCUGCAAUUUUCAGGACACAGAAUUGAACGAAUGAGCUGGUUUGGAUUAACUGACCCAUUUCUUGAGAUAUACAAAAUUAAUGAUGAUGGAGAGUACCAUUUGGUUCAUCGAACUGAAGUAAUAAAAUGGUCUCUGAAUCCAACAUGGAAACCAUUUACCAUUGCAAUAAGGUCAUUGUGUGGUCAUGAUCCACAACGAUCUUUGAAAAUAAUGUGCUAUCAUUGGAACAUGAAUGGUGGUCAUCAAUUCAUUGGUGAAUUUUUUACUACAUUUAAAACCUUAAGUCUUGGACCAUGUGAUGAUACAAUAUUUUUCUGCUUAAAUUCACAGAAAAUGUAUGGGGACAGUCGACGUAAACAUUCUGGAGAAAUACAUCUUACAAAAUAUGAAUAUAAGCGAGUAUAUUCUUUUCUUGAUUACAUUAAAGGAGGUAUGCAGAUACACUGCACUAUAGCUAUAGAUUUCACAAGUUCAAAUGGACGACCUAAUUCACCACAGUCUCUUCAUUAUUGUUCCCCAUCACCUAAUGAAUAUGAACAAGCAUUGACAGCAGUAGGGGAAAUCAUUCAAGAUUAUGACACUGACAAAAUGUUUCCUGUCCUUGGCUUUGGUGCUCGUCUUCCUCCUGAUGGUCAUACUUCUCAUGACUUUUUUGUGAACAUGAAACCUAGUAAUCCUUAUUGUGUGGGUAUACCAGGUGUUUUGGAGGCAUACAAAUCCUGCAUACGUAAAAUUGAACUCUAUGGACCUACCCUUUUCAGUCCAAUAAUAAAUCAUGUAGCAAAAUUUGCUCAAGCAUAUCAAGAUGGAUCUCAUUACUUUGUGCUCUUGAUAAUUACAGACGGAAUUAUCAAUGAUAUGGCCAAAACAAAACAGGCAAUCAUCAAUGCAGCAACUCUUCCAAUGUCUAUUAUUAUAGUUGGCGUUGGAACAGCAGACUUCUCUGCAAUGGAUGAACUCGAUGGUGAUACAGUUCCUUUAGUUCACAAAGGAGUUCAAGCAGCUAGAGAUAUUGUUCAAUUUGUACCAUUUCGAAAUUUUCAUUGUUUUCAAAACGUCACUAAAACAAAAGCAUCUUUAGCUAAAGAAGUAUUAGCAGAAAUUCCAGAUCAAAUUGUAUCAUUUAUGAAAUAUCAUAAUAUUCAACCAAAAAAGGUAGAAAAUACUUCUAAAGUAACAACAGCUGUUUGAUAUUUUUAAUUUUAUCUGGCUCACUUUAUUGAUCAGUCAUUCAGACCCUCAUCAGAUUAAGUCCAAAAAAAAUUUGAACCACAUUGUGUAAUGGAAACCAACUGCUCCUAUGCACAAAAUUGUAAAUUGUUAACCAUAGUUUCUUUUUCUUAUUAGAAGUGUGUAGCACUAGUUCCGCAGUUACUCUAAUUUUUUUUUCCUUAGUAAAGUAGAUUCAAAAAUGUGGAAAUUUCUAAAGAAAAAUUCAUUGAAUAUUGAAAUUAUGGUUACUAAUGACAAACUAAAUCUAUAAUUAUGGAAUGUUAAAAUGAAAACCAGCAAAUCUUUUCCACCUUUAAAACUGUGAUAACUCUUUUAUGAUGGUGAGCUUAUGUAAGACAUGUACUAAUGUAUUUUUAAUUGAUCCAUGAGGUAUAUUAAAAUAAGAGAAAAGAUUGGAAUAAAUAUGAAAGCUGAUGUGUGGUACUACCAACAUUUCUUUUAUGUCUCAAAACAGAAGUGUUUAUCUCAUUGAAACAAAGUACCAAAUAUAAAAUACAUACAAACGGUAUAGACAAGAUUAUGUUUACAAUUCUUCAAAUAUACCUUAAAUAUUUACAAGAUUGUAUACUUUUGUUCUUUUGGUUUAAAUAAAAUAUGUUUCCCUUAACA